GCCAUUCUUUCGUCGUGGUCUGCUUCUGUGGAAGGUGUUUUGAUAGCAUCUUGUUCUGUUCUACGCUCCUUUGCUUGCUUGAUUGCUGGUCGCUCUUUGCCGUUUAUUCAUUUAUUCAUUCGUUCUAUUCCCCCCGUUAUAUCCAGGUGAUAUAAUAGUAUACAUAUCCAAGAUGCGGUGGACCAUCGUCUUUAGCCUUCUGGCCGCAACGCCGGCGUUCGCAUCCAUCCGGGUCCUCCGACCGAUCAACGUCCUGGCCUUCGAAUCCGCCAUCUCCGGCGAGCCACUCACACGGCGCACUGACUCAGCGCAGUUCGCGGACCUCGCGCCUACUGAGCAAGCACAGCUUGUGUACGGCUCGCCGGGCGCCAACGGACAGCUGCUGCUGGCCAACAUGACGCUGGUGGCGCCGUCGGGCAUGCCGAUCGUCAUGAUGGAGCGGCUGGAGGGGCUGGCUGCCGCCGUGGACUGCUCGGGCGAGACGGAUGGCGAGCUGAGUGUCACCUGGAAUUCUAGGGAGGCGUAUGAUCAGGCCCUUCAGGAGUGGGCGUGGGUCAAUGAGGAGGCUACUAUGCAAUUUUUGCUGGUGGUAAAUCAUGAUGGCUGUGGGCCUGAGGCGGAGAGGGUCGCGUAUCGCAUCACGGAUGUGGAUACCGACGAGGCGGCGCUGAAGACGAAGCUGUCGGCUGUGGUGGCGCCGUGGAAGGAUAUCACUGGAACGUAUAGCAUGGACUUUGGCAAGGCCACUCUGCAGCCGGUUGCGGAGAAGAAGCUGAGGAUCCGUGGGUGGAAAGAUUUUUGGAAUGGGGUGGGGGACAAGGUGAAGGAUGUUGUUGAGGAUGUCAAAGACGGGGCGAAAGAUCUGGUUGAGGACGUUAAGGACGGCGCGAAGGAUCUCGUCGAUGACGUUAAGGAUGGUGCAAAGGAUCUGGUCGAUGAUGUCAAGGAGGUCGGGAAAGAUGUGGGCGAGGUCUUCAAGGAGAUCGGCGAUGCGGACUUUUCGAAGGCGAUUGAGUUCGAUGUCACCGGUGGUGAGGAAGGUGUCAAGAAGAAUAUCUUCACCGAGCCAUUCACACCACCCCGUCUAGUAAUCGACUGUGCCAACUGCUUCGUCAAAGGAAAAUUCAAGAUGCAGGGUACACUCAAAGUCGAAGACUUCAAGAUCGUCGACCUUUCUCUUAGCAUCGCACCCAGCGGCUUUUCCGCGACCGCCGAAAUCGAAACCACCGUGACCGCGACCUACUCGCCCGAGGAGCUCAACAGCGUCACCAGUGGCACCCAAGCCCUAGACCUCUUCAAGCUCGACGCCUCCACGGACCUGAUCGAGAUCCCGGUUCCAGGCGCCGGCCUGGUGGUCCCGCAGAUUUUCUCACUCGGCCUGGUCGCCAGUGUCGAGACGGGGUUUACGAUGGGAUUCAAGGGCACGGUGGGCUUUACCGUGGGCCUCACUGGCUCGCUGCCCGACACCGCGCGGCUGGAUCUCAACAUCAUCGAUCUGGAGAAGAGCACGGCCACGGGCUUCGAAGGGGCCAAGGCGGAGCCAAUCCUGACGAUCAACAAUGCCACGGCGAGCAUCGACGCGGCCAUCUUCUUUCGGCCCAAGCUGGCGUUCAAGGCCGAGGUGUCGUCCGUCGGCGAGCUCAGCGUGGACAUAAAAUUCGGGCUUCCGCAGAUCAAUGCCGCCGCCAAGCUCGAGUUCGACGCCGAGGGGAACGGCGUGUGCGGUGGUGGCGCCCAGGAGAAGACCGGCGCAAAGUUUGGCGUCACUGGUGUGCUGAAUGUGGUCGCCGGAGUCACGGGGCAACUUGCCGGUAUCGGUGGGAGACUCGUUGAGAAGUCACUCGCGACUCACGAGCUGUUUAAGCUCGACAAGUGUGUGCCGUUUGAGAUCCUCGGGUUGGGCACUCAGGCGGUGAUCGCUGCUACGAAGGGGAUUCCUCCGGCAGCGAAUGUUACCGCUUCGUACGCGCCUUCUGCAGCAGGAACUGUCAAGAGGCGCGGCGGCGGGUCAGCGAGGGUCUAUAUACCCGUCAAUAUCUGGUAGUAUGUAGAGUAAUACCCAACUCACGAACCUUCGCCUCUUUCAACAAUCUCUUUGUUUUGCGACAUCUCGUUGUCUGGUAGUGAUUUCUUAGGGUUUUGGAGUUACAUGGAUGGAGAAUAAAAUAAAAUAUUAAAGCAAUGGAGAUCAACGGAGGUGUCCAGAGUCCCAAAAAGACAAAAGGAUGCUCUGACUCGGAGUUGAACCGAGGAUCUCGUCAUUACUAGUGACGCGCCUUACCAGCUUGGCCACCAGAGC